AUGGUUCUUGUUCCUCAUCGACCCGGCCAGUUCAAGGUCCUUGGCGAGGUCAACGAUGCAACCAGCAAGAUCUUGACUGAAGAAGCUUGCCAGUUCCUUUCUAUCUUGCACAGAUCUUUCGAAGGAACCCGCAGAGAUCUCCUCUAUCAGCGUGUGCUCAAACAGAAGAGAUGGGAUGCCGGAGAACGACCUGACUUCCUCCCCGAGACCAAGGACAUCCGAGAAGAUGGCCGAUGGCGUGGAGCCGCCCCGGGUCCAGGUCUUGCCAACCGUCGUGUUGAGAUCACCGGCCCUACUGACAGAAAGAUGGUCGUCAACGCCCUGAACUCCAAUGUCUAUGCUUACAUGGCUGACUUUGAAGAUUCUCUUACACCCACCUGGAGCAAUGUUGUCCAGGGACAGAUUAACCUCUUCGAUGCUGUCCGCCGCCAAAUAGAUUUCACGCUUGGCGAGAAGGAGUACAAGCUACGCACAGACAGAACUCUGCCAACCCUGAUCUGCCGUACCCGUGGAUGGCAUCUCAAUGAGGAGCACUUCCUCGUCGAUGGUGCCCCAAUUUCAGGAGCAUUGUUCGAUUUCGGUCUGUACUUCUUCCACAACGCCAAGGAGCUCAUUUCUCGAGGUCUUGGCCCCUACUUCUAUAUUCCCAAGCUCGAGUCUCAUCUCGAGGCAAGACUCUGGAAUGACGUAUACAAUGUCGCCCAGGACUUCAUUGGAAUUCCUCGGGGGACCAUCCGCGGUACCGUUCUGAUCGAAACCAUCACUGCAGUAUUUGAAAUGGAUGAGAUCAUCUACGAGCUCCGUGACCACAUCGGAGGCCUCAACUGUGGCCGAUGGGACUACAUCUUUACAUUCAUCAAGAUCUUCCGCAACCGACCCGACUUCAUCCUGCCAGACCGCAUUGAUGUCAACAUGACCGUGCCGUUUAUGGACGCCUACGUCAAGCUCCUAAUCAGCACUUGCCACCGCCGCGGCGUGCAUGCAAUGGGCGGAAUGGCUGCCCUUAUCCCCAUCAAGAACGACGAGGAGGCAAACGCCAAAGCCAUGACCAAUGUCAAGGCCGAUAAGCUCCGGGAGGUGCUGGCCGGGCACGACGGAACUUGGGUCGCUCAUCCGGGGUUGGCGUCGCUUGCAGAAGAGAUCUUCAACACGUACAUGCCGACGGCAAACCAGACCUUCCGCCGACCACCCCUGGCGCAGGUCACCAGGGAUGAUCUCCUGAACCCUAAUGUGUCUGGAAAUAUCACACUCGACGGUGUGAAGAAGAACAUCCAGGUCUGCCUGGUAUACAUGGAGGCAUGGAUCCGCGGCAUUGGCUGCAGUCCCAUCAACUUCCUCAUGGAAGAUGCGGCUACCGCCGAGGUAUCACGAAGUCAGCUCUGGCAGUGGGUGCGUCACGGGGCCAGCACGGUGGAAGGAAUCCGACUGGACAAGCAGUUCGUGCUUGGCCUUCUCGACGAACAGCUCGCGAGCCUCACAUCAUCUGCGGCAGCAGACAACAAAUUUGAGCUCACCGCCGGAUACCUCAGGAAGGAGAUCACAGGCGAGGACUACUGCGGCUUUUUGCCAGAAUUACUCUACAAUGAGAUUACGACCAAGAAGUCGGCAUAA